AUGAAAUAUAAAUUAUUUAUUUUGUUUGUAUUUUCACUGAUUGAGAUUGGAGGUAAAGAGUCUUUACUAAAGACUGGAUUAAAAAUAUUUUUUAAAUUACCUAUAAUAUUUUUAGAUUGCAUGGAUGACCAUAAUUCCCAACGCGGUCUCCGUCGUCGCCGCAAGUAUAAACACGAUGAUUCACCUGUUUUACCGCCUCAAGUUGGCACACCGUCAAAGGCACAAGUUGGCACAUCCAAACAUGUGCCUAAACGUAAACCAGCUUCUCCAAAGCCUCCAAACCCUCAGAUGCCUUCAUCACCUCUACCGAAACCUGAAGAAACUCCGGUUUCUUUGAACGAGAUAUGCGAUGCUUUUGGUGUUCCGUUUGAGGCGGAGAAUGCUUUGCGCCAACAAAAUUUUAAUGCACUUGAAGGACCUUCUCAGGCAAAAAUUUCUAUAAUUUUAAAAUUUUUAUUUUGA